AUGAUCCCAACAAGAUCAUUUGCACAAAAGAAGAAUCUACUGUUAGCAUUUGAUGCAUUUGGGACAUUGUUCGCCCCUAAAGGCCAUGUCACGGACCACUAUGCUGCUUUUGCGAGACAUCAUGGCAUUGACGUGCCUUCCAAGAACGCCAACCCCUCGAUAAAAGACGCCUUCAGAGCAGCAUAUAAACACGAGUUUAAAACGCAUCCAAACUAUGGGAAAGCUGUGAAUAUGGGUGCGGAACAAUGGUGGGCAAACGUAAUAAAAGGGACUUUAUCCCACUAUCUCAAACCAAAGCAAUCGAUCCCUCAUGCACUAGUAAAUGACCUUCUCACGCAUUUCUCAACCAGCGAUGGGUAUACGAUGCCGCCGGAUGUGAUGCCCUUCUUCAAGAUGCUACGUGCCAAAAAGAGAAAACCGGAGCAAGUUCCUGAGUGGAUGUGGGACAACACCAUUGUCGGCGUGAUCACAAACUCCGAUGAUCGUGUACCCAGUAUCCUCGAAUCGUUAGGCCUAACCGUGGGACCGAGACGCGUAGGUACAUCGGCGGAAAGAAAGAUCUGUUCCAGUAUGGACGACGAUAUCAGCUUCGUUGUCUUGAGCUACGAUGUCGGAUAUCAGAAACCCGAUAAGCGGAUCUUCGAUGCUGCCAUCGAGAUGGGUAAGGAGACACUUGCUGACGGGCCGGAAGGCCUGGAUAUUCAAGACUUCGAGAAGCUGUAUGUUGGCGAUUCGAUCGAUGAGGAUUAUCAUGCUGCUCAAGCCGCGGGGUGGAAUGCAUGCCUUUUGGAGCGGAGUGAACCUAGCACGUGGAACGCGGCCGAGUAUGAUGUUCACCAUCGAGAUGAUCCCAAUGAUCAACAACCGAAGAAGGUAGAUGUGAUCAGGACCAUUACCAGUCUCGUCAAUUGGUCACCAUCCGAACCCAAGCCCUGA